AUGUCGAUCAUCUCCACCAGCUCUACCUCUUCCCACCUGGCCAAACCCUUCGUCUUCCAUACCGUCCAUACCUCCAGGAAAGGCUACGUGAAGGAUAACUGCACUAUGAGGCAAAUCAAGAAUGCUGCUGCCGACUAUGUCAGGGUAGAUAGCGUGGUGGAGAAUCGAGAGCAGUUUGGUAGUCCAAAGGUCUUUGUUUCAGAGCAUAUGUUAGUGGAAUACUCUGAACCCAAGGACACUGCAAAGGCCAAGACGGUGUGCUCGGAUCCCACUGCCAACGGUAUCGUUUUUGUACCCAUUCCCAGCGAUACGCCUCCCCAGUAUGAUUAUCAACCACAUCCUGGCCACAACAAUGCCACCACACCCUUCGAUAUUAAAGCCUUGCUCGAGGCCUUUCGGAAGGAGUCCGACUUGAGGAUGGAAGCCCUGCAGAGGGACAACAGCUCGAAAUUCGACGCUCUGCAACAGAGGAUCAUAGCAGUGGAGGACGACAAUGAGGAUCUCAAGCAGCGGGUCGAUGAUUUGACACAGGAAGGAGAAAACAAGGACCGAGAAAUAGAAAAACUGAAAGGACGGACGGUCAUUUUACAGGCCCGCAUCGAAGAUCUUGAGCGUGGAUACGCAGACAUACACGGCUGGCUGUCCGAUGCAAGUAAAGACACAGAAUACAUGGACCGUAUCCGUUUGCGGCAUAUCCUCGACUGCGGGCAGGCGCGGCUCGCACGCUCUGCCGACGUUCCCGUUUCCGGCGAUUUCUCUCCUCAGUCUGCAGGGGACUGGUCCCGGGCCUGGCGCGCACCCCGGAGUCUCCUCGCCAACUGUCCUGAUGUCGAAACUAGGGAUAUGCCGGAGGAUAUGCUCCGAUAUUUUACCGUCAGACCAAGUGAUACCCGUACCGAAGGCGAUCGGAUUGCUCAUCCUGCUAAAGUAGGGGAGUCGGUUUAUAAGGCAGUCAUUGAGUGGCAGCCUGAGGACCAACGGCCUCUUUUACGACAGGUUGUCGCUUAUGGUCUCCAGUUUCGCUCAUAG